GGGAGCCAUUCGAGGCCCGGCGGGGCGAGGAGCCGGAGGGGGAGCCGAGCGGGGAAGGGCGGGUCCGACCGAGGCCCGCUGCGGGCUGCUGUGCGCUCUGGGGGCGGUGGCAGGAUCUCAAGGCCCAGCCCUGCCAGAAACAACAUGGUGUCGUGCAUCAUUUCCCGAGUCGUUGUGUUGGUCUUUGGAAUGCUGUAUCCUGCUUAUUAUUCCUACAAAGCUGUAAAAACAAAAAAUGUCAAGGAAUAUGUGCGGUGGAUGAUGUAUUGGAUUGUGUUUGCUCUUUAUACGUUUACUGAAACAUUAACUGACCUCUUGAUCUCUUGGUUUCCAUUAUAUUAUGAACUGAAGAUUGCUUUUGUUAUUUGGUUGCUGUCUCCAUAUACAAGAGGGGCAAGUUUAAUAUACAGGAAGUUCCUUCAUCCUCUCCUUUCUUCGAAAGAAAGAGAGAUUGAUGAGUACAUUGUGCAAGCCAAAGAACGUGGUUAUGAAACAAUGGUGAACUUUGGUAAACAAGGCUUAAACUUAGCUGCUACUGCUGCAGUGACUGCAGCUGUAAAGGGUCAAGGAGCAAUAACAGAGAAGCUGCGGAGUUUCAGCAUGCAUGACCUCACAGCAAUACCAGAUGAUGAGCCAAUAGGACAAAGGCACUAUCAGACUUUGCCUGGUACCAAAAAGAAAAGCAAGGGUUUGAAUCCCAAUGAACCCUUAGGUUAUGGUAUUCCAGUAAAAAAGGAUUCUGAAGAUGAUAAAACAGAUGAAGAGAGGGAAGGGACAUAUUCAGAAGACGAGAUGUUUGCUCAGAGAGGUCUCCGUCGAACACAAAGUAUGAAAUCGGUAAAAACGAUAAAAGGACGCAAAGAGGUGCGAUACGGCUCACUAAAAUACAAAGUGAAGAGAAGGCCUCAAGUAUACUUCUAAUCUACACAGUUCAGCUAAAAGCAAACAUCUGUGCUAAUCGUUUUCUGAAGGCCUGCUGUUUACGCUCUUCCCAUUCUCUGAGAAACAGCUGGCAUCUAUGGAUUCCUGUUCUCAGCACAGAGCUUUAUUUCAGUCACACAAGAGAAAGGAAAAGACCACCUGGAUGCAUAUUAUGCUUUGGUUUCACAACUACCAAAAAUUAAAUUAUAUUUUGUUUCUUUUGAGAGAGGAACAUAUUUAGCCAAUUUUUACUAAAUGAAACUUUUGUGAAUCUGAAUAGCUCUUUAGAUUUCUGGGCUUCAUGAAUGAAAUAAUUUCAUGACAGGUUCUUAAUUGUGGCUUCAAUAGCUGAGUGUUUUAAAUGUUAGCUGAUGUCCAGCGCUUAAUAACAAUGACACAUCUGUAGAAUUUCUGUACUAUAUUGGGCAUCUUGUGGUUGAAGACAUUGUAUUUUUAAAUUCCUGCAGUUGUCCAAGUCGAGAGCAUGAAAAAAUGGAAGAACACGGGGAUAUUUUGGAAAUAAUCCUCUGAAUGGUUUGGAUCCAAAGAGCCGUUUUAAGGUCAUGGAAAUGGGUUGCACCACCUCACCUCAUAAAACCAGCCAUUUUCAUUUCAUUUAGAAAUUCCUCUCAAUGCCCUGUGGCAUGAAGACACUGUUGGGUUUGUUUGCUUCUAUGCGGCUAUUGUAUUGUUUGCUGUAAUGGUUUGAGUUAGCCUGUGCAUUUAGCAUAGCUGAUGAUGAAAAUCAUAGUUGUCUGUUUCUGUACACUCAGCAAUUUAUAUUCAUUCAUUCCUUCCAUCCAUCUAUCCAUCCAUCCAAAUAGGUUCUGCACCCGUAGGGAUCUGCUGUCCAGAUUUUCAUGCAAAGACAGCAUUCCUUGUAGAUGCCAAGAAUUCAAGCUUGAAACUUCUGUAUGCAAAAUAUUGUUCUACUAAUUAAUAUUAUCUUUUUUUAUCAACUGCUCCUUAUGAGUGUACUGAAACAGGUUAAAGGAUUUCAAAGGUAUCCUUCGAAAUUGAAUUCAGUUUGUCUAUUAUAUGUAAAAAGGAAUAGGAAUAUGUUGGAUAGGAAAAAAAAUCAGAUUCUGCAGUCAAAUGUUUUAUCGUGUAUUGCACCAAUUUAAUAUGAAAACUAAUAUCUAACCAGCACUUUUCAAAAAAAAUAUUUUUUUCAAAAAAAAUAUUUUUUGUGGGUGUUUUCAGAAAUCUUACACAUUUGUGUGUGUGUGUGUGUGUUGUUUUUUUUUAAGUGUUAUUUGGGUGACUUCUUUAUAACAGAACCGAAAGGUUCUUAUUUGGGCUGUGCUUAAAUGUGUAAGGGAUAGGUGAAAACUAGAGUACUUCAGUUGUUUGAUUAGUAGGCUAGGAAAAACCCUACUCUGUACAGAUGACAUUGACUGCUUACUUCAUCCUUUUCUCACAGCAAAAUCUGGAAUUCUUUUAAAGACAUGCAUGUAUUUAAAGGUCUGAUUUUGAAGUGGUAGUUUGGAAAACAUGGCUCUUUGCUAGUUUCUUGAAAAAUGACUUGCCUUUGCUGGUCAAGAAAGUCUUCCUAUCUUUUAGGAUAACAUGCUUUAGUAUUGCAUCUGGAUGUAAAAAAUAAUGUCAAGUGCUUUUUAAAUAGUAUUUAACAAUUAAUGAAAUGAAGUUGAGAGUUUUUGGCUUAUCAUAGCUAUAAAUCCUAGCAACAUUUUAAAAAGAAUACUUGAAAAAAAAUGGAUUUUUUUUCACCGGAAACUAAGCUUUAAGCAAAGAUAAGUAAAUCCCAAGGGAAGAUGAAGUUUUUGCAAAAAACUUGCAAAAAAAUAAUAAUAUUCAGAAGAAGAAACUUGCAAAAAAAUAAUAAUAUUCAGGCAAAAUAUAUACUGUUCUCUGGAGAAGAGCUAACAAUUCAGUGUGCAGUCCUGGAGGUUUAUCCAAUAUAAGAAAGUAAAUUAUAGUUUCUAUAUUAUUUUGGGCAUCCGAAAUAGAUUCUAUCUUAAAAAGAGAGCCUGCUUUUACAUUUCAUUGUAUUUAUUAGUGUUAUGUUGAGUACAGAAAGAAUAGAAUGUGAUUAAAAGGCAUACAGUAUGUCCUAGCAUUUACCUUUCACAGGUUUUCCCUUACUGUGUCUAGACCUUUGAUUGGUAAACUUUGUAUUAGAUAAGAAAGAGAACAUUCAUCUUAAUUUCAUGUUUCCUUUAAGGACAUUUGUCACUUUAUAUAGAAAAUCUCACAGUACUAAGUCAGACCAAUAGUCCUCUUGCCUCUUCCACCAGAUCAGACCAGAUCUAAACACUUUUUAAUUUGGAAUGUUAGGCUUUAAAUAAAAUAUCAAGGUCUUAUCAAAUAAAUUUGAUUUGGCAGUGAAAAAGAUAGGUUAUCCAUGUUAUUGUAGAAGAUACUUCAGAAGCUUCAGGGAAUAAAGUUUCCUCUCUAGAAGCCAGAGAGGCAUGGCUGGUGAUACUGUCAGGGCUAUGUUUUGUGAGCAUUUUGCAUUUCCUUGUGAAGUGUUAAAAGCUGAAAAUUUGUUACUCCAUCCAUUUUUUAAAUAAUCCUGUUUCUGUGGCUGUGGGUGAGUUUUAAAUGGUGCAGUAGUUUCUUUAAAUUUCAGUCUUAAAUGACAAGGUAAAGUAAGAUAAUUAUUCACUCCUUAAACAUCCUUCCCUUAGGAACUGAAAAUGGAGCAGAGAAUGCCACGUGUGGCCUGCAGAUUGCCCACCUUUCACACAUCUGGUGUUGCCAGAGUAGUAGGUACUUAUGUUUCUGUCUCUAGUGCUGAGAAGUUCUAGCCUGCAUAGUCAAUAUUCAGGGAUAAUAAGCAUUGCAACCUCAAACAUCUGGACUUCACUUAGGACUCACUUUUGUGCUCCCCCCCCCAAAAAAAGUAAUGUAUAAAGUAGAAACCUUUUUAAUAUGGGUGUACCUUAAGGAAAUAUUUUGCUCUACAAAUUCCCACAGCAUAGGCCAGUGAUGGUGAACCUUUUCGGCACUGAGUGCCCAAACCGGAACGUGCAUGCUGCAGCCCUGGAAACUUGAAGACCAGCUGGCCGGGGCGCAUGCGCACGCCAGCCAGCUGGUCUUUGCGUGUGCUGGAGCACCAGAAACCUGAAGAGCAGCUGGCGACGGCGUACCUGCCCACAGAGAAGGCUCUGUGUGCCACUUCUGGCAUGAGUGCCAUAGGUUCGCCAUCACAGGCAUAGGCAUUAAGGCAUCAAACAACUUAGGACUUGUUCCCAUGAAACUAAAGUAGUAUAUUCAAAAUAGGUAUAUUUCAGUGAGCUAAAUGCCAUCCGACCUAUUUUUAGCUUCAUGGCAAGAUAAAUUCUAAAAUAUAAUGUAAUUGUUAUACCAUACUGAUUUACCUGCUUUAACCAAGAUACAGGGCUUCACUAGGUCAAUGUAUUAGCAAGUAUUAUGCAAAAAAUAUACAAAGGGAACAAUGGACUUGCUAUUUAGUAAUUUUUAACAAAUGCAAUUUCAAUAUUUGGAUUCAUAAUUGUAAAGGCUAGAGCUAACUUUUCUAUCUGUAAUAAUUGACUGUAAACUUGUUUAUGUAUUUGUAGUACAAAGAUAGGUCUUUUUCUAAAAUUUUGUACUGAUACUACUGUAUCUUCAUAACUGCUAUUUUUGAAGAUGCGAACAAAGGCUUAUAUUUUAAAAAUGUUACUUAAUAAAAUGAGUAUUUUCCA